UGUCCCUCGGGUGGGCGUUCCCGCUGCCGACCCUUAGAGACGCCCUGUGAAGCUUUUCUGUUUUGUUUUGUUUUGUUUUUUUGUUUUGUUGUGUUAUUGAAACAGGGCCUCCCUCCGUAAGCCCUGGCUGUCCUGGGAUUCACUUUGUAAACCAAGCUGACCUCGAAUUUAUAGAGAUCCACCUGCCUCAGUUUCCAAAGUGCUGGGACUAAAGGCGUGCGUCACCCUGCCAGGACUUUUGAAACUCCUCCUGGAAGUGAGGGUGAGAAAAUUCACAGCUAGAGCAGGACGCCAGAGUUGAGUUCACGAAUCUACUCGAACCUGUUCCUUCUGGAGUGGAUAGGUGUCGGUCACUCCUCCCUGGACCUGGCCUUGUGCUUGAAGCGCUGUGGAGAGGAUGGCUGUUCUUCUGAACAGGCUGAUGCUACAAACCUCAGUUGGAAGAUGUUUCAGAAAACACAUCAUGAAGCCAGCCCCGGCACAGCUGCCCCUGACCGCCUCCACCCCGAAGCUCUGGUACCUGGUUUCUACAGAAGGCUUUAGUACUGCUGAAGACGGCCACGGGCAGAAGAAACAGAAGAGGAAAGACGCUUUCACUAACACUGGCAGGAAGAUUAGUGAGCGGGUUAUCCGCGUCCUAGAUGAGAAAGGCAGCGACCUGGGGGUGAUGCACCGAGCGGAUGUAAUCAGACUCAUGGACCAGCAGGACUUGAGGCUGGUGAAGAAGAACACCAACUCAGAGCCACCGGAGUACCAGCUCAUGACCGGAGCACAGAUCCACCAGGAGCGGCUAAGGCUGCGGGAAGACGAAAAGGCCAGCCCCAAAACUGGACCAGCUGUGGUAAAGGAACUCGUUUUUUCUUCAAAUAUUGGACAGCAUGAUCUGGACACAAAGAGCAAACAGAUUCAGCAGUGGAUUGAGAAAAGAUACCACGUUCAAGUCACAGUAAAGAAGAAGAAAAGUGCUGACCAGCCAGAGAACGAGACGGAUGAGAUACUGAACCAGAUCCUCCAGACUAUGCCUGGACUAGCAACCUUCUCAAGCAGACCGAAAGCCGUCAGGGGAGGAACCGCCUCCACAUGUGUUUUCCGCCCCUUGAGCAGGAAAGAAGAGAAGGCGUACAGAGACUCUCAAGAGGCCGAGAGAAGGGACACUUUGAACACAGACCACAGGACCACGGAGUCAGACGUUCUGUGUCAGUGA